AUGGAGCGUUUCCGAAACGCGAAGAGGAAGAGGGACAGACAGAAAGCACUUUCUCCUUUUCUUUUUCCCUUCUCGAAUCAGGGUUUAGCACACAGUUUCGCAGAGAAAUCUUCUCUUUCGAAAAAGAGAAGGAAAUCGUCGUUUUCGAUAUUUGCGUCUGUGUCUGUACACACGCCUCCUUCACACCACCUCACAACUUUAAUUGAAAUACGAUUAAGGAUAACGAUGACAUCAACAGUAGCGUCGAUGGCGUCGACGUCGGCUUUUGUCUCGUCGAAGACGACGACGACGAUGAGAAAAGGAAAGCGCGGCGCGCAAAAGAAGUCAACCUUCGCACCACCUCCUCCAAGAGUCGUUUCGGAUAAAGAAGAAGAUUACAUCAACAGCAUUACGGCGCGUGAUGAUGCUCGUCCUUUGAUGGACAAAGAUGGGGAUAAAAACGAAGAAGAGAGCGCGUCGUCGUCGUCACCAUCUCCUUCUUCAUCUUUGUUGAGGAGAAGAUUUGCGGCGAGCGUGUGUGCAGUGUCCGUUUCCGUGAUGAUGGGAGGAGGCGGAUUUCUCGGAGAGGAUAUCAACACCAACAACGUAGCAAAUGCGGCGACGAUUAAUCUUCUCCCUCCUGAUUUGGAGAAGAGAAGAGAAGAAGAGGAAGCAGCAUCAUAUGCGCGAAUACGUAAAUUGGAAGAAGAAAUUAUCGCGGAAGAGAAUCGGAUAAGGGCGGGAGAAAUGAAAAAAGUUACCGCGGUGAACGACGAGUUGGCGCGAGUGCGAGAACAAGAGAUGAAAAAAGUGGACAUCUUGAACGCUGAAGCUGACUCGUUCAAGGCACAGCAAGAAAGAAUCGAGGCGAACUCGAGAGAUGCCGUCGCAAGAGGUGAAGCUUUGUGUGUCACGCCGUCUGGAAUAGACAUCGUUGGGAUCACGGAGCUCUUAGCGCUCAUCGGCGCCACGGCUUCGGGGAUUCGAGCGAGACAACAGAAGAUUAUCGUGGACGAGUUGAAUGAAAAGCUGAGAGCUAUUAACCAGUCGCUGACUGCGAGAAGUAAACGCAAUCCAACAGGUAUGGGUGCGUCGUUAGGGUACGCCGGGGCGCAAAUGGCAGGGACGCCAGUAGACUCACCAAUGUCGGCUUCGAUGUCAGAACUGGCCUCGGGUAGCAAAGACGAAGCAGCGAUAAAAGACGACGGCGAUGAUGCCAGUAAGGGAGGAAAGAAGACAGACUUUGCCGUCGGUCCGGAAGACUCCGUGGAUGAUAGCGAAUAUGACGAGACGAGAGUGAACUUGAAGAAAGGAAGACAGCUUUUGAGAGAAAAAAGUUACCAAGAGGCGAUAUCGUCGUUUGAAAAAGCUUUGGCGCUUUCGAGAAUGAACGGCGAUCAAAUCAAAAUGCGACGCGCCGUUCGAGGUCUUGGCGCUACGAAAAAAGCGAUGGGCGAGCUUUCAGACGCGAUUAAAUACAUGGAAGAAGUUCUCGAUAUUUCCAAAGCGAUUAAAGAUUACACGGGCGACAUGGACGCCGUCGGAUCCAUCGCGGAUAUGUACACCGAGCUCGGCGAUUUGGAAAAAGCCGGGGAGUAUUACGACAUGUACCUGAGCAAGAUCAACGACGCGAGCGUGGAUUACGACGACUAG